CCUCGUUUUAGAUUUAUUUAAUUUGUUGUUUAGAAAAAAAUAAACAAAUAGGUUUAGAUCUAGAAUAAUGAUCCUGUUUUAAAUUUGAAAUCUAAUUAUAAAAGAAUACAUUUUCUUGUCAACAAAUGAAAUAAAUAGCUCAUACAUGUAGUUAUUAUAUUACAAACAAUUAACGAUCCCUUUGUGUAUGUAGCUAUUAAAAGAACAGCAUAGAUCUCUAGCACGUAAAAUGGCUACUGAAACAGUAAAAGUAAAGGUCGAUUCCAAAGAGUUUGAAGUUAAGAAAUAUAUAUUCCCUACUCAACAAAUACCUCGUUUACACUAUCAAGAUUCUGAAGCCGAACAAUUAAUUGAAAAUGGACAACCAGUGAUACUAACGGGUUCAGAUUUGGUUGGAUCUGCACAUCAUUGGGAUUUAGGUUAUUUGUGUUCUAAUCUAGGAACAGGACAGUAUACAGUAUAUUCAUCUUCAGAUGGAAAAUUCAAAUAUUAUGAUGAUAAAAAGUUACCACAAAACAAAAGUUUUAAACCUCCAACCUCUCACACUGAUAUGACAUUCCAAGACUUUGCCACAAAAUUAAAAAAGAAAGAUAAAAAAGAACUAAUAUACCUACAACAGCCAUUAAAUGACACAGUAGGAAAACGUAUUGUAAUGGAUUUCACAAAUUUUAAUUGGAGCUGGGCUAAUGAAAUACAGAAAAAAAAUAGAUGGGGCUCCCUCACAUCAAAUUUGCUGUUAGUAGGGAUGGAAGGAGUUGUUACACCAGCACACUAUGAUGAGCAAGAAAAUCUGUUUGCCCAAAUCCAAGGUUACAAACGUUUCUUACUCUUUGACCCAAGUCAGUUUGAAUGUUUGUAUCCAUAUCCUAUUUAUCACCCACAUGACAGACAAAGUAUGGUAGAUUUUGAGAACCCAGACUUAGAGAAGUUUCCAAACUUUGCCAAAGUGAAAGGUUAUGAAGCUAUAGUAGGCCCCAAGGAUGUUCUUUACUUACCUAUGUAUUGGUGGCAUCAAGUUGAAUCUUUGCAUGGCUAUGGAGAGACAAUAUCUAUCACAUUUUGGUACAAGGCAGCUCCAACAGUAAAAGUAGUUUAUCCUUUAACAUCAGGCCAGAAAGUUGCAAUCAUGAGAAACAUAGAAAAGAUGAUAGCAGAGGCAUUAAAUGAUAAUGACUCAAUGGCCCCCUUCAUGAGAAAUAUGGUUCUAGGUAGAUACACGUAACAGGACACAAUGAUUAUUUCUGGAACAAACGGUUUUUGGUAGAUACAUGCUACUAACAGUUAUGCAAUAUGUUUGGGAAUAUUGAUUCAUAUAUUAUUUACAACUUCUCCUGUAAAUUUCCACUUUAACAAAAUAUACAUAAGACUAAAUAUCAAUAGAAAUAUCAAUAGAAAUUCUUUUAAGAAUCUUAUAAUGUAAUUUUUGGAUUAUGUAUUAAUUUGUUAUUUUUUAGUUAGUGAUGUUAGUGCAACUCUAGGUAAAGUAAUUUGCUCAGGAUGCUUUAUAUAUUAUUUCAUGGAAACUUGAACAAAAUUUCUCUUGUUAUUUAUCAUGCUUGUUUGGUCAACUAAAAUAAAAGACAAGAAUACACAGGGGUUUAUUGUAUAUUUUACUAGAUGUGUUAUAAGGUAAUUGUACUUUAUAUAAAACAAGAUGAAACUUUGGCAUGUUUUCAUAAAUGUGUCAUUGCUUGUUUUAUCUUCAGCUAUUUACAUCUUUAGGUUGUAAUGAGUAAAAUUGCUGUCAUUUAGAAUUUAGAAAGAUAACAAUUUACUUAAUUUCCUUUUUUUUAAAUUUUUUUUUAGCAAUAUUAAAACUAUUUAUCUUUGUGUUUCAUAAUUACUGACUGCUGUUAACAUAUAAGAUCACAUGCUUCAUGUGGUAGCUACAAAUUCAGCUUUAUUUCUGAUUAAGAAACAAAUUGUUUAGGAUAAAUUCAUGUAGAUCUAUAUUCUGACAAAUAUAGUUUAUGACAAUAAAAAAUAAAUACAUUUCCCUGUAACAUAAUGAUUCUAACAAUAUUUUUUAAAAAUUGUUAUAUAUACUAAUUUUUUUGUUUCUUAAUGCUAAUAAUUUUCUUCCUUUUCUAUGUAAAAUUGAAAAGUUUUUAUUACAAAUAUAUUUAAAUAAACAGUACAUGCGCUGAUUUAUUUUUAGUCUAUAAAUCAAGACAAUGAUGGGUUCCUACAAAUAAUUUUAAUUCCUAUAUUGCUUAUACAAACAUCAAAUAAACAUUGACACCAUUUAAUGAUCUCAGUGAUUUCAUUAACAUCCAUUACCCUUCAUUCAUUCACCUUACCCUUAGAUUUGGUUAAGUGUUUGUGUAGCACUUGUUACAGAUGUUGAUGUGAUAUAAUUUCUUUACUUGUUAUGCCUAAAGUAUUUUAUAUUCCAUGUUUUAAAAUGUGUGUCUCCUGGAACAUUCUAUGCCAUGUGUACAUUAUUACAUUUGCCUUUUGUUAUCAAACCAAAACAAUGGCAUCAACACAGUAAUACUGGGGUUGAUGUAGUAUACACUUUUAAAUCUCAGUUUACUCAUUUUAAAAAUAUGAAUAUUUUUGCUGAAAAUCUUAAUAAAUUUAGAACAGUACAUUUAUCUAUUGGAAUUUCAAUUAAUGUUACCAAGCUUUUACAUAUCUAUACUUAGUACUCUGAGAUUUUCUGGCUAAAAAUUGUUUUAUUUUGUCCUUUUGGAAAAAUGUUUUAGUCAAAUAGGAUAGACUCAAUAUUUAAAAAUGUUUUUUUAUUGCUAGGCUUUUCAGGCAAUUUUUGUGUGGAUAUUUUCCUUUUUAAUCUUGUGUUUGUUUAUUAGUUUAUUAAUUUAGAUGUAUAUUGUUUCAAAAAACAAUCUUUACAAUUUAAGCUUACAUUUUUAACAUUUGUAGUUUUAAGUUUUUAUGAUAAUAUAGACUUUUUGGUUUAUUUAACUUGGUAAAAAAGAAUUUUCCAUGAAGAAUCUUGUUUGAUUAAUGCAUGAUUUACUGAUUACACUCUGGCUGAAUCAGAAUACAAUAACAGUAACAUGAUUUAAGAUUUAAUCUGUGAUACAUCUCAUUUGUGUUUUUAAGAGUACACAUUUUGGCUUAUACUUUAACACAUUAAAUUCAGUAUUGCUUUCAGUAAGGUUGUUUAAAUGGUUUUUUUUUUUUUUUUACAUCUUUUAGUUUGAGCAGAAAUAAUUUGUUAAUUUAGUUUUUACAGUUCUUUUACAACUAUUUUCGUAGUAAUGUUUCAACUUAAAUAUAUAGAUUUAGCUGUAGAAACAACUUUUAACUAUUGAUACAGAUAUAAAUCCACUUUUUAAGUAUGUUUAAAUGUCUUGUUAAUGUUAUCUUAAACUUUAACAAAAUUUUGAGUAAUUGGGGUUAAUAUUAAAAUAUUACAAUUAAAAUAUUUCAAAAUAAUUGAAGUGCCAUAUAUGCAAUGCUUGAUAUUUUUAUUGACUGUUAUAAAAUAUGAUGAAAGGCUAACAUUCAGGUUAAUCUGGUUACCUAAUGAACCACCCAAUUUUAAUAGAAUAUGUGAACUUAUUUUCUAUUUAUUAAUUGUCAUUGAUUGCUUUUAUCAUAAAUAUUCAUUUUAUUUUAAUAUAAACUAGAUGUGUAUAUUUAUGAA